CGAUUAUUGACAUAAUAUUUCCCAUACACUGAAGCAUUUUUUGGGGGAACAUUUUUUUUCUUUCAUCGUUAAGGUAAUUUAUCAUAGCAAAUAUAAACAAAAGUACAUAAAUUGCUGAGACCAUUAUCUAUUGUCAAUUCACGUGUGGAAAAAUGGGCACCGAAGUGAUAAAUGUUAGUUUUGAUGUGUUACAAGAAGAGCUCGACAAAGCAAAAUCAACUCUAAAAGGUUUAAAUGACAACAUCAGGCGAAUCAGUGGCCGAGAGCCACCCGAUCAAUUGAGAGGAGACCGCAAGCGUACGUUAGACAGACGGGCCGAUAGAGAUCGUAAUGACUAUGCCGCCCAAUUAGAUUCACGGAAUCGAUUGAAUCGAGACAGAGAAAGAGAUCGUGAUAGAGAUCGGGAUGGUUCACCGCCGCCGGCAAAACGAAAGCCAGAAACAAAAUCGGUGUUUAGUCGAUUGUCAGGACCAUCAAGUGGUCGUGAUGAUGAUGCAAAACCAAAAUUAAAUUCACGUAUUAUACGGGAGCUGCCGACCAAAGAAGAAAUUGUCGAAGCACAGGGUAGUGAUCCAGCAUCACGGGCUCGUAAUCGUCGGAUGUUUGGUUCGUUGUUAGGUACAUUGCAAAAAUUUUGUCAGGAAGAGUCACGUCUUAAACAAAAAGAACAGAAAAAAGCACAAAUCGAAAAGAAACUGGAAGAUCAACAGAAUCAAGAACGUGAAAUUAUGAAAAAAGAACGACAAAAUUUGUACAACAAUCGAAAGCGACAACAAAUGGAAAUUAAGAUGUUGGAAAAUAAAAUGAAUUUGAUGAAAGAGUUUGGCACAUGGGAAGAAUCAAAAAAGCCGCUUAUGAAUUUCAUUCGAACGAAGACCAAACCACGUAUUUACUAUUUGCCAAAAGUUAUGGAUAAACGCACCGAACGCAAAUUGGAUGAAUGUAAACGUGAUAUUGAAAAACAAAUUGAAAAGCGGCGUGCUGAGGUUAACGAAGAAAUGGCCGAAAUUGUUAAUCGUUUUGAAGCCGCAACGGAAACACUGCAACCAAUGUCCGAUUCGCAUAAUGACAGUGCUCAAAAUAAUUCGUCAUUGUUCGAACAAAGUUCAUCGAACAAUCAUACGGAGGACGAUAGUUAUUAUUCAAAUAACUUUAAAUCGGUUGGUGGCAAACGUAACGAUGAAUCGCUGAAUCAUGGGAAUGAUAGCAGCAACGAUGAUGAUGAUGAUGCCGAUACAAACGAUGAAGAAAGUCACUCCAAAAAGGUCGUAAACAUCAAAGUUGAAAAAGAUGAUGAACAAUUUGAAAAGAGUGAAGCUAGUUUAUUGAUUUCGGAAGUACAGCAUUCCGAUAAUGAGGAUAAUGAAUCGAAACCACAACGAAGUCGUUCAUCCAGUCAAACUUGAACCACACACAAUUUUGAGCAAAGUUCAAUUUUUAUGUAAACAAACAGUACCGACAACACACACAAACACAUAUACAUUCACCGUACUGAGGAGUCAUUCUCUUUUCUGUUUCAAUCGAUACAUUUUAUUUUAUUGAAAUUGUUUGAACUGGCAAGUUUUUUUUUUCGUUCCACAAAGAAAAAAGCCCGAGGUGAUCGCUGUUAGAAAAUUGAGACAAAAAAAAUCACAACAACCGAUCUACAACUGCAGCCAUCCACAAUUUUUGAAAGACAAAUACAAUAGUAACAAUAAUAAGAAAACAAAUAAUCACACUUGACAAAACAAAAAAAAUUUAUGCCGAUUUCGAAUGAGGAGUCUUGCAUUUUGAAGAAAAAAAAAACAGUUCUAUUUUAGUUUGUAUUUCCAACCUUUUAUGUUUAGCGUGUAUCUCAUUGGUUUUAUAUGCUAUAAAUCAAAUA